AUGGAACGGGACUCAUCUCGUAACUACUCGUUGGCAUCCAAGUCCUGGCGAGAUCUCUGUAUCCCCGUCCUUUUUCGGGGACUGAAACCCAUCAACGUCAUCUCAAUAGCCCAAUUGCAAGCAUGCAACAGCUUGCUAACCAAUUCUCCCCGUCUACGCCCUCACGUUUGCAAAGUUACCUUCAUAUGUCCUCAAUUUCCGGCCUGUGAGCUCAAAGGCGGCUCAACUCUUUUCGCCGCCAUCUCUUCCGUACUCCCACAAUCAUCCAUCACAAAGCUUCACCUCAGACAGGAUAUUCUCGACCUCCUGUCUGUCCUCAAGGCGGGCCCUAGCGUGCUUCGCUCCCUGGCACUACAGGAGCUCACCUUUGAUGAUGAACUCACCAAGGACGGUGUCGCUACGAAGACCAGCAGGCAACCCGUCUCUAUGACUACUCUGGAAGAAGUGGUGCCCGUCGAACACGCAAUCAAAAAGUUCACCUUUUCGUCCAAGAUCAAGCAUAUUGAGAUCUUGCUCUCAUCCUCCGGCAUGCUUUUCGAUGGCACAUACAAGAAGCUAAACCUGCUUGAAGAGUAUGUUCUUUACCUUCACCGGAGCGGAUCUCUUGAGCGGCUUACGAUUACGGUUGAGUUCGACGUCGACUCUCUGAGCCCUGAAUUCGUCUCCCUAUUCUGA